UCGAUAAACAAUGGAUAUUGUUUUUAUUUAUAUGAUUACUCUAAUUUAAUUAUAUACGUAAAUAAACACGAAAUAAAUAAUAAUAUGUAAAAAUUAUUUUUAUACAUGUUCAUCUUAUGCAAGGUGCAAGGUGCGGAUCUUAACCUAGUUGAGCUAGGUAUUUCUAUAAAGCGACUUUUGGGAACUAAUUUUUUUAAAGACUUUUGGGAACUAAAUUAUUCGUAUUUAAUGGACUACUUUAUUUAAAUGCCAAAGCAAAUACUGCAAACUCAUUUCCUUUACAUAAAAAUAAAGAGGGUGGGGGGGAAACAAUUGUAUUGAGCAGUAUCCCUCAAAACCACGUGAAAAUUUUGUCUCUUCAACGGCAAGAGUUUCAAACGUAGUAAUCGUCUUCUUAACGAAUGCAGAUUUGGUAUUUACUGUAAACAGUCAACGUCAUAGCUAGAAGAUGAAAGCUUCGUGGUUAGAUGUCAAUGGUCUUCAAAAUGCAAGCACUAAGCUUUGUUCUUAAUUAUUCUAAUUAACUACUUAAAGUGGGGUUUGACCAGCUUCCUUGCGCGAAACAUCAGUUAACGAUUCGGAACAAUACGCGUGUCUAUCUGCUAAUGGAUUAUUAUGCCAUGUAAAGACGUGGUCCUGUUUGUGUUAGGCGACCCACUUUGUGGAUAUGUUAAAGUAAUGAACUAAUGAUCAGUUUAAUUUUUUUUUAUUUUUCUAACGUCUCAAUAAUAACCAAGGGCAAAAGAAACUGCUGAUAUAUGAUCUACAACGUUUGAAGCCCUAGUAUGUUAUAUACGGAUCAGAUCUACUCUCUUUAUUUUUUAACCGUGGUAUGAUCUCAAAGAUUUUCUAAGCCGACAGACUAAUCAACACUAGUUCUGCAGGAUCACGUUUUUUUACCACUUAAGAUGCUCCGGAUGACCAAGGAGAAUCAUGUGAGUCAUUUACCACUAGGCCAAAACCAAUUAGUUUACUCUUUUUAUAUAAUCGAAGAUCUUUCAAUUAUUUGUACCAAUGGUUGAUCAAAAAAAAAAUUUCUUUUUGAGAAACAGUUGAUCAAAAUAUUGGUCUAUUUUGUCCAGUUGAUCAUUGGAUUGACGAUAAUGAUUUGUUUUAAUUAUGCAGCAGAAGUGUAACUAGCCAUGCUUAAACUCGUACGAUAGGCAAUAAAUAUAUAAUAUAUAAAUAUAUAAUACACAAGAACAUGCUUUCAAAUAUGCUUAACCAAAUAAAGAUAGUUUUUUGUGUUGUGUUCCGAGCUUUGUUUGGCUUUAAUUGAGUUCUCACUUUACUGAACCAGUCUAGGUUAACUGAAUCAGCAAAGAUAUUUUUAAAUUGAUGAGGACACUCAAAAAAAUUUAAUCAAGAUUUGGCUUAACUAGUACAAAGGUUUCAACCUUUUUCAUUAAAGUGCUGAAUUAUUGAUACUUUUCAAAUGUCUGAUAAACUUGUAUUCAAGAAUUUCUACUUAUAUUAUAAAAUGGAGUUGGCUUGGCUACAUGUCAUUAGGGUCAAAUAUGGAUUCGCCACAGAUGAACCAUAUUUAAUGGGCCUUGCCCCGCUUAGAUAUGCAAAUCCACGAUUUAGAAAGAGUUCCAAUUUAGAAAGAGUUCCAGUUUCAUUCGAUUUGCAUAUAAGAAAGAGAGUUCCAUGACUCACCCAAGAGAAUAGUUCAAUUACUGGGUUUUGAAAACUAAUAUGAGUUGAAAUUUGAAACUAUCUUUUGUAUGAGAGUAAAAUCCACAUAUGAAAAUGAGACACUAAAAGUUAAACUUUUGUAGCAAGGGUUAAAAUCAGACAGGAAGACGAUCACAUUAACUGUUUGUUUAGGUGUCAAUAUAAAAUUGUAUACAUAUUAUAUUAUAGCUGAACGUCUAGCUAUCACCAGCCACUAGUUGUUUUAUACCACAACAGUUGUUAUAAAAGAAUAUUGUAUCUUUUAUGUCUCUUCCAUUAAGAGUUGACUUUUUCUGUCGAACAAAAAGGCCUCAAAGCAAUCCUCAAAAGACCACAUUUGUCUCCAUCAUUAAACUUAUAAUUACAAAUCACAACACACAAUCAAACCCACAUCAUAGAAACAAAAUCAGAAUCUCGCAGUCUCAUCAGAAAAAUCCUAAAACAUGGUGAGACAAAGAAGAAAGACAGAGAAAGAAGAGGAGAAGCGAGAACAAGAUGGAGAACAUGAGGAUCAGAAGGUGCAGCCGAGGCAAAGAAGCGUGAGCAAAAGAAACAUGCAAUCUCUGGUGAUCGGACUCGUUGGAGGUGCGUUGACCCUCGGUGCUUAUUCUCAGACGUUUGUUACUCCGGGACAAUCGAUCGGCGCCGGUCUCUUUGUCCUCUUCUUUGGAUUGCUUGUCAGCGAAGGUUUCAUAUCUCUUUAAGGAAAAGAAGACUACAUAAGUAAAUUAAACCUAUGCUUUUGUCUUAUGUAUUUUACUUAAAUAGUCACCUAUAUGAGCAUCUCGCUUCAUUUUUAUUUCAUUUCAAAAAUAGUUUGGACUCUCAACUUAAUGUGAUACAAUCCCUAAUGUUUUUACGGAUUGUUAUAAUUUGUAUACAGAGUAACAGCAAAAAGUACGUAUCGCAAGGAUAUGUUUUGAUCAAUACAUGCAUCUUCUUAUA